AUGUGCUUACCUAAAUCUGCUGGAGGGUAUAAUGUGCUGAAUAUCAGAGUUUGGAAUAGAGCUGCUAUCACUAAAGUAUAUUGGGAUCUGGCACAAAAGAAAGACAAAAUAUGGAUAAAAUGGAUCCACACAUACUACAUAAAAGGGCAAAGCAUAGUGGAGAUGAAUAUACCCCAACAGGCAAGUUGGAUGGUGAGAAAGAUCAUGGAGGCAAGAGAGGUGAUUCAACAAAUGCCUACAGUACAAUACAGGCAGAGUAGUAUCAAGCAAAUAUACUUAGGCAUUUUGGGAAAUUACAGCAAGGUGACAUGGAGAACUUUAAUGUUCCACAAUGAAGCUAGGCCCAAAGCAAGAUUCACUAUGUGGAUGCAAUGCCAUGGGAGAUUGCUGACAACAGAUAGGCUUGCAAACUGGGGAAUUCAAGUAAGUUCAAGAUGCUGCUUAUGCAAUAGAGCAGAUGAAUCACAUGCACAUCUGUUUGGUGAAUGCAGAUUUGCUAAAACAGUAUGGGAAAGGCUUAUGCAAUGGAUACGAAUUCAUGUGAAUUCAAUGCAAUCUUAUAAUCAGAUGAUGGCAUGGGUAGUAACACAAGCUAAGGGGAAAUCAUGUAAAGCCAGAAUAAUGAAAAUGGUAUAUGCAGAAUACAUAUAUAGGAUAUGGAGGGAGAGAAACAGUAGAAUAUUUGAAGAGACAACGAGGACUGCAGAUCAAAUAGCAAGAGAAAUGGCGUGUGUUUGCAAUAUUAGAGCUCAAGGAGGAAUGAGGGCACAAAUGCAGCAGCUUAUGUUUUGA